CGCCAUGAGCGACUGCGGGAGAAGAUGCGUCGACGGCAGGAGUCUGGAGACAAGUGGUUCUCCUUGGAGUUCUUCCCACCACGCACAGCCAAUGCUGCUGUCAAUCUCAUCUCCAGGUGACGAAGCAGGUAAUGGGGCUGUGCUUUCCUGCUGAGGAGGGUAAUGGACACCAGGUUUGACCGCAUGGGAGCAGGUGGUCCACUCUUCAUUGAUGUGACGUGGCACCCUGCAGGGGACCCAGGAUCUGACAAGGAAACUUCUUCCAUGAUUAUUGCCAACACUGCAGUCAACUACUGUGGCCUGGAGACCAUCCUGCACAUGACAUGCUGCAAUCAGACCAAGGAUGACAUCACAGGGCAUCUGCAGAAGGCCAAGCGGCUCGGGUUGAAGAACAUCAUGGCAUUGCGUGGAGAUCCUGUUGGGGAGGAAUGGGAGGAAGAAGUAGAUGGCUUCAACUAUGCUGUUGACCUGGUUAAGCACAUUCGCAAUGAAUUUGAUGAUUACUUUGACAUCUGUGUGGCAGGCUACCCCAAGGGUCAUCCUGAAGCAGAGAGCUAUGAGGCAGACCUGAGGUACCUGAAGGAGAAAGUCUUUGCUGGGGCAGACUUCAUCAUUACACAGCUUUUCUUCCGAUCAGAAACCUUCCUCAAGUUCAUGAAGGACUGUCAAGCCAUUGGCAUCACCUGCCCCAUUAUUCCUGGCAUCUUCCCCAUACAGGGUUACCACUCCCUGCGCCAGCUGGUGAAGCUUUCCAAGUUGGAAGUGCCUCAAGAAAUCAAAGAUGUGAUUGAACCCAUCAAGGACAAUGAUGCAGCUAUCCGGAACUAUGGGGUGGAGCAGGCAGUGUCCAUGUGCCGGGAGCUGUUGGAUAGUGGUGUGGUGCAUGGGCUCCAUUUUUACACUCUCAAUCGGGAAGUGGCUACUACUGAAGUCCUUAAGCGCCUGGGCCUAUGGACAGAGGACCCCAGGCGGCCUCUGCCCUGGGCAGUCAGCGCUCACCCCAAGAGAAGAGUUGAAGAUGUUCGGCCAAUCUUCUGGGCCUCUAGGCCAAAGAGUUACAUCUAUCGAACUCAAGAAUGGGAUGAUUUCCCCAAUGGCCGAUGGGGUAACUCCUCCUCUCCAGCCUUUGGGGAACUGAAGGACUAUUACCUCUUCUACCUGAAGAGCAAGUCUCCCCGGGAGGAGCUUCUGAAGAUGUGGGGAGAAGAGCUGACUGGUGAGGAAAGCGUCUUUGAGGUGUUCACGUGUUAUAUCACCGGAGAACCCAACAAGAACGGGCACAAGGUUACGUGUAUGCCUUGGAAUGAUGACCCUCUUGCCACUGAAACCAACCUUCUGAAGGAGCAGCUGGAGAAGGUUAACAGACGAGGAAUCCUGACCAUCAACUCCCAGCCAAACAUCAAUGGCAAACCAUCCACAGACCCCAUUGUAGGCUGGGGGCCCAGUGGGGGUUAUGUCUUCCAAAAGGCAUACCUAGAGUUCUUCACCUCCAGUGAGAUCGUCACGGCACUGCUCAAAGUGCUGAAGAAGUAUGAAUUGCGAGUGAACUACCACAUUGUCAAUGUCAAGGGCCAGAAUAUCACCAAUGCUCCAGAUCUGCAACCCAAUGCUGUCACCUGGGGCAUCUUCCCAGGCAGAGAGAUCAUCCAGCCCACUGUAGUGGAUCCUGUAAGCUUCCUCUCCUGGAAGGAUGAGGCCUUUGCACUGUGGAUCGAGCAAUGGGCCAAGCUCUAUGAAGAGGAGUCACCGUCUCGCAUGAUCAUCCAGUACAUCCAUGACAACUACUACUUGGUCAACCUGGUGGACAAUGACUUCCCACUUGAAAACUGCCUCUGGCAGGUUGUGGAUGAUACUUUUGAGCUGUUGAACUCUCAGACUCAGCAGUGAAAAUUCCUCUUCAACUCCCUUACUUCCUCCUUCCGUCCAUUGACUGCGGAGAGAGAAAAAGCAGCUCCUGUGCUGAUGGUGGACCAUACACUCCUAAAUCCAGUGACUAGGCUAGCUCUCUGAUCUGCCUCCACUACAUGCUGUUCUAUCCCCAACACAAAGGCUCCCUGAUCACUUGUUGAACAAUAGCCAGAACUACCUGAAUCUGUGAGCUGAGGCUCUAGACUGAGCUUGAAGGCCAGCUCUGCAGGAUGAAGAGGUGCUAAUCAUGGCUAUGUUGAUUACAGUAACAGGAGAACUCUUGUGCAGCAAUGUGAUAAAACUCAGUGGGAUUCUGGUAACUUUCUCAUGCCAGAAAUGCUGCCUUGGGGGCAGAAACACUCCUGUCAGCAGUGCCUAUGCUAUUUCAGCAGUUACCAACCUGGAAAAGAAGCUCAAGUGGCUUUUACGUUGCACUCCUAAGAUGUAUUUCUUCAUAACUGAUCAUAUCAGGCUCUUUUGCACUUACUCCAGAAGAAGGUUCAAAUUUUCUCCCUAACAUUUUCUCCUUUUAUUGUAUUUCCUGUUUUCUUUUUAAUAUAAAUAUGUGAAUCUCACUUCUGGAUGAGACUGAAUAGGAAUUGCACUAUUUCUUAGAUUAAAUACAAUAUAAUACACAAA